GCUUGCAUCAGAUCUCACAGAACAAGGUGGCAGUGCUGCUCCUGGCUGGAGGACAAGGAACUCGCCUGGGAGUGAGCUAUCCCAAGGGCAUGUACAAUGUAGGGUUGCCCAGUGGCAAGACCUUGUAUCAGAUCCAAGCAGAAAGAAUCCGUAAAGUGGAACAGCUCGCUGGCCAGAGACACCGCUGCAAGUGUGCCAUCCCCUGGUACAUCAUGACAAGUGAGUUCACGCUGGGGCCGACAGAGGAGUUCUUUGUAGAACAUGACUACUUCAACCUGGAUAGAUCCAACGUGGUCAUGUUUGAACAGAGGAUGCUGCCCGCUGUCACCUUUGAUGGGAAGGCCAUCCUGGAGGAGAAGGGGAAAAUUGCUAUGGCUCCAGAUGGCAAUGGUGGCUUAUACCGUGCUUUGGUGGAUAAUAAGAUCUUGGACGACAUGAAGCAGCGUGGAAUCCAGUAUGUCCAUGUAUACUGUGUGGACAAUAUCCUUGUGAAAAUGGCAGAUCCAGUCUUCAUAGGCUUCUGUGUUUCCAAGGGGGCAGACUGUGGUGCAAAGGUGGUGGAGAAGGCCUACCCCACAGAGCCUGUUGGGGUGGUGUGCUGUGUGGAUGGGGUCUACCAGGUGGUGGAGUAUAGUGAGAUCAGCCUGGAGACUGCGCAGCAGCAAAGCCCUGAUGGGGGACUGAUGUACAGCACUGGCAAUAUCUGCAACCAUUUCUUCACAGUUGAGUUCCUGCAGAUGGUGGCCCAAAAAUAUGAGCCGCAGCUGAGGCAUCACGUAGCCAUAAAGAAGGUGCCCUACAUUGACGAGGAGGGAAAUCUGGUAAAACCGCUAAAACCGAACGGGAUAAAGCUGGAGAAGUUUGUGUUUGAUGUGUUCCAGUUCUCUAAGAAUUUUGUGGCAUUUGAAGUUUUGAGAGAAGAGGAGUUCUCACCACUAAAAAAUGCAGACACAGCUGACAAAGACACUCCUACCACUGCUCGGCAAGCCCUCCUGGCCCAGCAUUACCGCUGGGCUCUCAAGGCUGGGGCCAGAUUUCUGGAUGAAAAUGGUUGCAGGAUACCAGAAAAACUCAGUCUCUCAGGAACUGAAGAUCCUCCGGCUGUGUGUGAGAUUUCUCCGUUAGUGUCUUACUUUGGAGAGGGUCUGGAGGCGUACAUGAAGAACAAAGACUUCUCUUCUCCCUUUGUACUUGAUGAAAGCAAAGGGGAAAUGCUACAAAAUUCUUGAAAAGGAGAGAGGCCUUUCUGCCUCAAAUCAGAUAUCUGUCUGUCAGAUCCAUUAUAAGAACUGACAUUACUCAAAUGUCAGUGUGAAGUGCAUUAUAAAAGAAAUUGCUUUGUAGUAUCGGAUUGAUGCCAAAUCCUUGCAGCAGUUGUGUUUACACACACGUACGUGCUCACCAGUUCUGUUUGGUAACUUUGAAGGCUAUGCCUUUUACCUCAGUCUGUUUUGUAAACUUGGAUGUGAAUGAAGAUUAAUACCUUCCGGGUACCAAACAG